UAUGAAAAGUUGUAUCUUGCAUUUCAAAGAAGCCUAGCCAAUAAUAACAUAAAAGAAACGGGGGAAUUCCAGUCACUGUUCUAAGAGAAUCACUUGGCGAAGAGCUGUUCAAAAUAUGUUAUGAAGAAGAUGAACACAUCCUUGGAGUUGUUGGGGGGAGUCUGAAAGACUUUUUGAACAGUUUCAGUACUCUUCUGAAGCAGAGCUCCCAUUGCCAUGAAGCUGAAAAAAUGGGCAGAGUUGAAGAAGUCUCAAUUUUGUGCUUGGAAAAAGAUCCCAAUUUUUUAAAUGUAUACUAUUUUUCCCCAAAAAAACCAACUACCCUCAUCCUGUCUGGCAUUAUUAAAGCAGCAGCUCUCAUUUUGUAUGACAUGGAGGUGGAAAUAAUGGUAAUGCCACCCAGCUUCUGCAAAGACAGUUCCGAGUUUAUUGAUCAACCUUAUUUGUUGUAUUCUGUGCACGUCAAAAGCACAAAGCCAUCUCUAUCACCUUGCAAGCCCCAGUCUUCUCUUGUCAUUCCUACUUCUAUGUUCUGUAAGACCUUCCCUUUCCAUUGCAUGUUUGACAAGGCCAUGGAUAUUUUGCAAGUUGGCAAUGGCAUCAGGAGAUUAUUAAACAAAAGAGAAUUUCAAGCAAAGCCACAGUUUGAAGAGUGGUUUGAAAUUUUGGCUCCUAAAAUAAAUUGCACAUUUAGCGGGAUCAUGACAAUGCUGAACAUGCAGUUUACUAUAAGAGUGAGACGAGGAGGCAAGGUUUUUAAAAAGUCAACUGGGGUUAUGGAUCUUAAAGGACAAAUGAUUUACAUUAUUGAAUCUAAUGCCAUUUUGUUCUUGGGAUCUCCUUGUGUGGAUAGACUGGAAGAUUUCACAGGACGUGGCUUAUAUCUUUCAGAUAUUCCAAUUCAUAAUGCACUUAGGGAUGUUGUUUUAAUAGGAGAACAAGCCAGAGCUCAAGAUGGAUUGAAGAAAAGAUUAGGGAAGCUUAAAGCAACUCUUGAACAAGCUCACCAAGCUCUUGAAGAAGAGAAAAAAAAGACAGUUGAUCUUUUGUGCUCUAUUUUCCCCGAGGAAGUUGCUCAGCAGCUAUGGCAAGGACAAGUUGUACAGGCCAAGAAAUUUAAUAAUGUCACAAUGCUUUUUUCUGACAUUGUAGGAUUCACUGCAAUCUGUUCUCAGUGUUCACCCAUGCAGGUUAUCACCAUGCUUAAUGAGCUGUACACUCGCUUUGAUUAUCAGUGUGGAGAACUGGAUAUCUACAAGAUGCGUAUAGGACUACAUUCUGGCUCUGUUUUUGCUGGUGUUGUUGGUGUGAAAAUGCCACGUUACUGCCUAUUUGGAAACAACGUAACACUUGCCAACAAGUUUGAGUCUUGCAGUCUUCCUAGGAAAAUAAAUGUUAGCCCCACUACCUACAGGUUGAUAAAGGAUCACCCUGGCUUCAUGUUUACUCCUCGCUCAAGACAAGAACUUCCUUCCAACUUUCCAGGUGAUAUACCUGGAAUCUGUUACUUUCUUGACGCUUAUCUUCAAGGGAAAAGUACAAAAGGCUGGCUUCAGGGGAAAGAUGCUGAAGAAGACAAGACAAAUUUCCUGGGGCCAUCAACAGGAGUGGAUUAAAUUGUAUUUUGGAGACAAAAUAGUGUGUAUGUGUGUGUGUGUUUAUAAGUUCUGAGUUUUGAUUUCCUUUUGUUGAAGAAAUAUAAUAGCACUUUAGCUUAUUAAUCACUUGAAAGCCAGUAUUAAAAUUUAGUUUAAAGGGGUAUUGAAUAUUAUGUAGAAUUUUUAUUGAGAUAAUAUAUUCAGUGUCUAAAAAAUAAUAGUUGAAGCUGUAACAAGACAGAGCCAGUCUGCCUGUGAAGAAUUCUGUCCCUCUAGAAAUGAACUUUGAAGUCAGUUUUUUGAUAAUGUGUGCUUUGCACCUUACCAAAUUCCCAGUUUU